CGGACAUCGUACCUUAGGCUCUCGUCCUUCGGUCUUUUAUCUUUGUACCAUUCUUUUUUGGUACCUCUGGGAAUUGCUGAGUCGGUUUUGACUCCCAAUCCCUCACCAUGGCGGUCCAGAAAAAGCAUGGUAAAGGUCGUUUGGAUAAGUGGUAUCACUUGGCGAAGGAGAAGGGAUACCGAGCGAGAGCUGCGUUCAAGCUGGUUCAGCUGAACAAGAAAUAUGGGUUUUUGGAAAAGAGCAAGGUCCUCAUCGAUCUUUGCGCUGCACCCGGUUCGUGGUGUCAAGUUGCUGCCGAGUGUAUGCCGAAUCAGAGUAUCAUCGUCGGUGUCGAUCUUUCUCCGAUCAAACCCAUUCCCCGAGCUAUCACCUUUCAGAGUGAUAUUACGACCGAUAAAUGUCGCGCUACGCUCCGAUCUCACUUGAAACACUGGAAGGCGGAUACGGUGCUGCACGAUGGUGCUCCCAACGUUGGUACUGCCUGGGUGCAGGAUGCCUACUCGCAGGCCGAACUGGUGUUGCAGUCCUUGAAGCUGGCUACGGAGUUCUUGACGGAGGGCGGUAAUUUCGUCACCAAAGUCUUCCGGUCGAAGGAUUACAAUUCUCUACUCUGGGUUUUCAAGCAACUGUUCACAUCCGUGGAAGCCACGAAACCGCCUUCCUCUCGAAAUGUCUCUGCGGAAAUCUUCGUCGUCUGCCGUGGCUUCAAGGCUCCCAAGCGUAUCGAUCCCAAAUUCCUGGAUCCCAAGCACGUCUUUGCGGAACUGUCAGCCCCGACCCCGAAUUACGAAGCCAAAGUGUUCGACCCCGAGAAGAAGAAGCGAAAGAGAGAAGGCUACGAGGAGGGUAACUAUACGCAGUUCAAGGAAAUCCCGGUCACCGAGUUCAUCAACACCCAGGAUCCGAUUUCAAUCCUGGGAGAGUACAACAAAUUAAGUUUCGUACAGCAACCCGGAGGCGAUCUUGCCAUGGCCACUCUCAAUCGACUGGAGGAUACAACCGACGAGAUCCGGACCUGCUGUGAGGAUUUGAAGGUUCUGGGUAAGAAGGAGUUCAGAAACCUGCUCCGAUGGCGGUUGAGGGUUCGCGAAAAGUUUGGUCUCGCCGUCAAGAAGGGCGCACAGGCCAAGAAGGAGGAGCCCGAGGAAGUGGCCGAGGUCGCUCCCAUGGACGAAGAAUUGGCAAUCCAGGAAGAGCUCCAUCGACUUCGGGACAAGGAAAGCGCGUCCCGGAAGAAGGAGCGACGGAAGGAGAACGAAAAGAAGCGCAAGGAAAUCGUCCGCCUGCAGAUGCAUAUGACCACCCCCAUGGAUAUUGGCAUGGAGCAAUUGGGCCCGAACGGCGACGACCCCACAUUUUCGCUGAAGCGCAUCGACAGAGAAGGAAAGAGAGACGCGAUCGCGGCUGCUGGCGGGGACGCUCACGGGGUCAGCGAGAGUGAAGAAUCCGAACCUGAAUCCGACUUGGAAGUGGACAGCGACGAUGAAGGCGAUCAGCUGGAGAGAGACCUGGAUAACAUGUACGAACAAUAUCAAGGUCGCAUGGAGGACCGUGAUUCCAAGCUGCGCGCAAAGAAGAAUCGCAAGGCCUACGAAGCGGAUGAAUGGGACGGGUUCUCGGAAUCCGGCGAUGACAAGGACGAAGAGUCGGAUGGUGAGGAUCAAGACUCUGCUACCCCGGCACCGCCCAAGGACGGAACGCUCUCGAACAAUGCCGCGUUGUUCUUCGACCAAGAUAUUUUCCAAGGGUUGGGAGUUGACGACAUUGAGGACGAGGAAAGCGAGGGCGAUGCCGAGGAAUCGUGGGAAGAUAUCGACAACCACGAGGCCAAGCCUGCCUCCAAGAAGAAGAACAAGGAAGUUGCCAAGAAACCUACUCAGGCGCUCGACGACUUUUCGGACGGUGAACCCGAAGAAGUCGAUGACCCGCGGAAGGGCAAUGGUCAACUCGAUAUCGAUAUCAUUACCGCAGAAGCCAUGGCAUUGGCCCAGCAAAUGGCGACGGGCGAAAAGAGAUCCAGCGACGUCGUCGACGACGGAUUCAACCGCUAUUCCUUCCGGGACGUUGACGGUCUCCCCGAUUGGUUCAUGGACGACGAGACCAAGCACAGCAAGCUCAACCGGCCUAUCAGCAAGGCUGCGGCUGCGGCAAUCAAAGAAAAGUUGCGCGCCAUCAACGCCCGACCAAUCAAGAAGGUUAUGGAAGCCAAGGGCCGCAAGAAGAUGAGGGCGGCCACCCGACUGGAAAAGCUGCGCAAGAAGUCGGCGCUGCUGGCGGACGACGAGGCUCUCAGCGAGCGGGACAAGUCGCAGGCCAUCUCGAAGCUGAUGAGCAAGGCUGCCAAGAAGAAACCCAAGCAGCAGGUGAAACUGGUUGUCGCCAAGGGAACCAACCGGGGUAUCUCCGGACGGCCGCGUGGUGUCAAGGGCAAGUACAAGAUUGUGGAUUCACGUAUGAAGAAGGACUUGCGGGCGCAGAAGCGACUGGCCCAGAAAAAGAAGCGGUAAACGCAGGAGGGUUAUGGUAUAUACGAGAUCUGUCCUGGUGGAUCCCUGUACAUAAAGUAAUGCAAAUCAAAUCAUUGAUACCC